AUGGGCGAGGACGGCAUAAAACUGCUUCAGCAGAGGCUGGCCGAACGAACCCGCGAACAUAAAGCAACGCGAGAAGCAGCCCUAGAGAGCAAAUUUCGUAAGCUGCCUGCUCCAAUGUCAUCCAAGAACGACAAACUGGUGCACAACUUGUCGUCAAAGGAGCUGACGGAGGAACAAAUGCAGGUUUUACGGCAUGAGGCCUCAUUCAACACAGCCGAUGCCAAACCUGCCAACAUGAUCGCAGCAGUGGAAUCAAUCCUCAGCCAGACGGGAGCGACAGACGAAACGAAGAACCUCAUUCGACACCAAGUGUCCUCCCUCCUCAUGGCUCAUAGGCCGCGCGAUGUGCUUUCCAAGGUCGAGCGCGAUGCACUUAAGGAACUCAGGGCCGACAAGGACCUCGUUAUCGUGCCUGCGGACAAGGGGCGUUCAACGGUCGUAUUGGACAGGACAGACUACAAUCAAAAGGUCAAAAGCUUGUUGGAGGAUCGUCAGUCCUAUGUCCCAUGCGAAUCCAACCCCAUGAAAACGCUGACACGCGAGAUUAACGCGACGCUGUUGGCAAUGGAGAACUCGGGUGCAAUAUCGCCAAUCGACCGACGCAUGGCGAGAGCACAAGAAACGGCCCUAGCCCGAUUCUACGGUCUCCCAAAAGUGCACAAAGAGGGCGCUCCUCUCCGGCCUAUCGUAUCACUAAAGGGCACUCCAACCUACGGACUGGCAAAGUGGCUGUUCCAACGUCUCAAGUUUCUGACCUCCGAUUCGAACACCACAGUCAGCUCGUCAACACAAUUCUUGGAGAAACUUAAAGGAGUAAGUCUCCUGCCAAGCGAUAUCAUGGUUUCCUUUGAUGUCACGUCCCUUUUUACUUCUAUCCCACAGGACCUGGCAGUCGAGACAAUCGAACUACUCCUACGAGAGAAGUACGACGAAACGGAGAAUCGCCUCGGACACGCCCAAAUCAUCCAGCUCCUGAAGUUCUGUCUCAAGACGUACUUUACAUUUGACGGAACAAUCUACGAGCAGGUGAAGGGAACGCCAAUGGGUUCGCCGAUUUCGGGACUCAUAGCCGAGGCGGUCCUUUAA